ACAUCAACCAAUGGCAGAAAGGCUUUGUUUCUUUACCCAGGAAGAGGCUCUGCUCUGGGUGGAUGUUCUCUUGUCAUUGUUUAGGGUGCACUGCACUGUGUGCAGUAGCAAAGCAGAGUCCACUGUGCAUGCAUCAGCAGACACUGGCAGCCAUGGCACAGCAGCAAGGGCCAGUAUAAGGGCAAGACCUGUGGAAAGGAAGAUAAUCCUGUGCUCUAUGUAUGCCCCUGCUAUCAGAUGCCACAGAUGACCUCUAGGGUUCUUGGGAUGGUAAGAGGAGAGAACCAUUCUAAAAUGACUGGUGGAAGUGUCCGCUCCAUCCGUGUUCUUCGUGUCUGAUACUUUGGAAAGAAGCUGAUUAUUGGUUCAAGUUAAGUAUAGAAGGCGAAAGAACAUGUAUCUAUCAUUCUCCAGAAAGACAGUGUCUCAGAAACUGAGCAUUUUGCUUCUUGCCUUUGGAUUCAUUUGGGGACUGAUGCUGCUACGCUACACGUUUCAGUAUCCCAGGCACCAGAGCAGCACUGAGCUCCGAGAGCAGAUCUUAGAUCUCAGCAGAAGAUAUGUGAAAGCCUUGGCUGAAGAGAAUAAAGAUAGUGUGAAUGGCGGAAAUGGUGGCUCCAUGGCAGGAUAUGCUGAUCUGAAGAGGACCAUUGCAGUUCUUUUAGACGACAUUCUGCAACGCCUGGGGAAACUAGAAAACAAAAUUGACUAUUUUGUAGUAAAUGGGUCAUCCAGUAACAGUACUAACGGCACCACUGGGAAUCUGGUCCCGCUAACCACAAGUAAACGCAUCAAUCCCUCUGGAAAGAGAUGAUCACAAGAAAGAAACAAAACUACUACUCUGAGUUUCCAAAAUGGCUCCACUAUCGCCACUCCAGCUGUAAGACUGAAUCUAAAAUCUCUUUACUGGGAUGAAAAACUGCUGUAAUGUCAAGUGUUGCGCACUUGUCAAGAAUUAUUGGCCAUAAGAAUUGUUUUUUUUUGUUUUGUUUUUUAAUGAUAGAGUAUGUUUUCUACGUGUGAAUUAUAUUAUUCUGUUUUGAUUUGUUAUGGAUAAUCUUUAGUACUGUAAAGUGGAAAAAAAAAGAAAAUAUUUUGAUCCUGUUGUAAAGAAAAAAAGUAUACUUGUAGUAUAUUAUAUUUUGCUAUACGGAAAAUUAUGUUUUAAGCUUAGGUUUUUGAAAGUGUGACCCAAAGAAUGUAUUUAUUUGCACUAUUUGUUAAAGCAUAACCAUAGAUAAUUUACUGUAUUGUUUAUUUAUGUUCGCUCACGUGACAAAAAAAAAGUAAAGGAAAAGCUACGUCACUACAUUUUAAAGGGGCACUCUAAAAAUUAGAGCAGAGGUUCUCAAACGUGGUCCUCAAGGCACCUCAAUGGUCCAGGUCUUAGGUAUAUACAUGGCUCAGCACAGAUUGUUAAAUCAAAUUGACUGUGGUGCUAAUAAAUUCACCUGUGGCCAAGCAUGGAUACAUCAAAAACUUGGACAGUUGGGGUGCCUUGAGGACCAUGUUUGAGAACCUCUUAAUUCGACCUUAAACUGUAAUUUAGUGGGCUCUUCCCCUUAGCGAGACCUGGCUUAUUCAGCUGGUUAACACUUAACUAGCCGAACGUCUGCAAGCUGGAAGAGUAACACCAUGAACCAAGUUCUCUGCGUGCAGCUUGCUGUUGGUCAGUGUGAUAUGCUUUUGCUGAAGCUGUGCUUUAUUAAACCCCUGUUUGUGUGCAGCUCCCGGGAAGUUCUCGAAGGGGAAGGAGCAGCUUGUUGAACCUUAACAUUUAACUUUGAGUGCUCCUUUAUUCUUCUUUUCCAGAGACUACUGUACUUCUAAAAGUAGAUGGCUGGCGCUUAGCUUAGUGCUGUAGGUCAGAGCCCCUAAAGGAGCACUUUUUUAAUCAAUAUGUGCAAUUUAAAAGUGUGUUAGUUCAUAGUGUUGCACAAGUAACCAUACUAUGCAUUGUAGAGAGGGAAAUGUACCCCUCAGUAUAGAAUGAAUGACUAUUUGUAGCCUCCGUUGAGUUCACAAAGGCAGAGGGCUCAGACUUCAUGCAUUGACACAGGCCAUGGAAUGCAGAAAUGAUUAUCUUCCCUGUGUCUUCCCAAAUAAAUAGAAAAAUCUAUACAGUAAAA